UAAUGAAAUUGUUUAGUUUUUUAAAAAGAAAAACAAAUAAUCUUCAUCAUAUCACAUACUCAAAUAAUGAUGAAUAUCAUGGUAUUUAUAAAAUGUUAAAAUAUAGGGGAAAUGAAGGAUAACUUAAAACAUGGAAAAGGAGUCUAUAAAUUCGAUAAUGGUAAUCGUUAUGAAGGUGAAUGGUAUAAUAAUCAAAAACAUGGAACAGGGAAGUAUUAUUACAACAGCGGAGAAUUAUAUAUUGGAUAAUGGAAAGAAAACAAAAAAAGUGGUCAUGGCUAACAUUUUGGUCAAUAUGGUGAUAGAUAUGUUGGAUAAUGGUUAAAUAAUUAUAAAAAUGGUAAAGGAACAAUUUUUUAUGGAGAUAAUUCAAUUUAUUCCGGUAAUUAAAAUGUAUAAUUGUAAGGUUAAUUUUACGAAAAUAAAAAAAAUGGUCCUGGUUAUUACUACAGCUCCAUUACAAAAGAGUUAAGAUUUUAAAUAUUUGAGAAUGACAAAUUGCUUGAAUAAAAUCCCGUUGAGAAAGUUCCAAGUGAAUUUGAAAAUGUGUUUUCUGCUUAUUUAGUGCAUGAUAAUCAUAUUAAACAUCUUCAAUCCUUAUACAAUAAAUCUGAUGAAAAUAACUUGAAUUAGCAAGAGGUACAUGGAUUUGAAACUCUUCAGGCUUUACAUGAAACUGUAAUUGUUAAAGGAAAUAAGAAAAGUAUUAAUUUUUUAUUUAUAUUAAUUAGUGUAAGAAUGGAAUACAGAUUAGGUCUGUAUUUGGUUGGAAUGCUUAGGUCUAUCUUAAUAUAAGGAGAACUUCAUGAAAAAUCAUAUGUUAGGAGAAACCUUACAUAAUUUAACAGAUAGGGAAUUGAAAGAAGAAUUGGGAAUGUAAAUACUUGGACAUAGAAAAUAAAUCUUGUAAUAGAUUAAUAUGCACAAGAAAUACUAUAUUAAGACUAUGUCUAAUUAAGUAUAAAAGACAGAAAGUGAAAAUUCUGCUGAUUAGUCUUCAAAAUACGAUCAAUUAUUUUCUAUAAUCUAAAAGAUUGAACCUACAAUUGAAAAAUCAGAAACAAAAAUUUCAAAGUAAAAGAAAUUAAAGUAAAAAUGUACUUAAGAGUCUGAAGAAAAAUAAUCUUCUCCUUAAUCUUAAAAAAAACAAUCUCCCAAAUAAGGCAAUUAAGGUUAAAGUCUUAAAACAGAGGAUAAUUGUUAAGUAUCUAAUUUUAAUAUUGACAACAUGAAUAAAUCAGUAUCCUUAGGAGAAAAUUCUUUUAUUUCUAUUGAAAAUUAAUAAACUCAGUUAAUAACAGAGAAUGAUUAUCAGAAAUGUUUAGAAAAGGGUUAUUAUAAUGUCGAAGAAAAUAAUUUGCAAUAAAAACAUUAAGAAAAAAUAAUGAGUUUAUUAAAAGAUUUAGGAAUCAAUGAAAAACUUUUAAUUAAUUUCUAAGAAAUCAAAUAAGGUUCAAAAAUUGGAGAAGGAAAUAAUGGAAUAGUUUUUAAAGGUAAUUGGCUUGGGCAAGAUGUAGCCAUCAAAUCAUAUUGCUAAAAAUAAGACUAAUCGUAAAAUAGAUAAACCAUGGCUGAUUUUUUAAAGGAGGUCCAAGUUAUCUCUGAUUUAAGACAUCCAAAUAUUGUGCUUUAUAUGGGAGUUUGUAUCAAAAGGCAUAAUUUUUAUCUAAUUACAGAGUAUUAUAUAUAUAUAAUUGUUAGAUAUAUGGAGAAUGGCAGUUUGUAUGAUUAUAUUCAUAAGAGAAAAACUAAAAAUUUAAAUUUUGUUCAUAUAAUAGAAGAUAUUGCUUUAGGAAUGAAUAAUUUACAUGGAAGAGGUAUUAUGCAUUGUGAUUUAAAAUCUUCAAAUGUGUUAAUUGAUUCAGAUUGGAAUGUUAAACUUUGUGAUUUUGGUUUAUCAAGAAUUAAGACUAAAAAAACAAAAAGUAUGAUUGGAACUUCUUAUUAAAUGGCUCCAGAAAUUAUGAGAGGUGAACCGUAUACUGAAAAAUCUGAUAUCUUUUCUUUCGGAAUGAUUUUAUGGGAAAUUAUGACUGGUAAAAUUCCUUAUGAGAAUUUAUCUAUAACCUAAAUGAUAGAAACUGUUGGUUGGGGAAAUAAUCUCGUUGAAAUUCCCUAAAAAAGUAAUCCUCCAAUUUUGGCUAUUCUUGCUAAAGAUUGUCUUUAAAAGGAACCAUCUAAAAGACCUAAUUUUGCAAGAAUUGUUGAAAGAAUUUAAUAAAGUAAAAAUAAAAAAUGCCAUAAUAAGGAUAAAGCUAAAAAAUUAUUGAUUGACUUUUUAUAAAAUUGA